AUCGAUAGGUAUCGAUGAAGGCAUCAUCGGUUACAUACACAAACACAAGUACGCAGUGUGGAAUUAUUCGUUCACAAUGGCGGAAGAUCAUAGUCAGUUUCAACAACUCUUAAACACACUCCUAAGUACUGAUAAUGAUGUUCGAACACAAGCAGAGGAAGCAUACAAGAAUAUUCCCUUGGAAAAUAAAGUUGACUUUCUCGUGAGCUUUAUUUGUAAUACUUCUUAUGUUGAAGAUCUACGAUCAAUGGCCGCAGUUUUACUGCGCCGGUUAUUUUCAUCGGAAUUUAUGGAAUUUUAUCCUAAGAUUCCACCUGAAGGACAAGCUCAACUUAAAGAACAAAUUCUUUUGGCGGUACAAAAUGAACAGAGCGAUAAAAAUCGUCGAAAAGUAUGUGAAGUUGUUGCGGAAGUUGCACGUAAUUUAAUUGACGAAGAUGGUAAUAAUCAAUGGCCAGAAUUCCUUCAAUUUUUAUUUCAAUGCGCGAAUGGACCAGUGCCAGAACUUAAGGAAAGUGCUCUUCGAAUGUUUACAUCAGUUCCCGGUGUUUUUGGCAAUCAACAAGCACAUUAUCUUGAAUUAAUUAAACAAAUGCUGCAACAAUCAGUUAUGGAUACUGCGAACUAUGAGGUUCGAUUUCAAGCAGUAAGAGCAAUAGGCGCAUUUAUAAUGCUUCACGAUAAGGAAACAAAUAUACAGAAACAUUUUUCUGUAUUAUUACCAGCAAUUGUUCAAGUGACGGCACAAUCAGUUGAAAAACAGGAAGAUGAAGCAUUGCUUAAAGUUUUAAUUGAUUUGGCAGAAUCAACGCCAAGAUUUUUAAGACCACAAUUAGAAAAUAUAAUGGAAAUGUGUAUGAAAAUAUUUUCAAAUGAAGAAAUGGGAAAUUCAUGGCGACAAUUGGCACUUGAAGUUUUAGUAACACUCGCUGAAACAGCACCGGCAAUGGUGCGUAAAAUUGGUGGUAAAUAUAUUGAAACACUUGUUCCAUUAGUGUUGAAAAUGAUGACUGAUCUUGAAGAUGAUGACGAAUGGAGUUUUGCCGAUGAGAUUAUUGAAGAAGAUAACGAUAGCAAUAAUGUUGUUGCUGAAAGUGCUUUAGAUAGAUUGGCAUGUGGUCUUGGUGGAAAGACAAUGUUACAUCAUAUUGUACAAAAUAUUCCAACAAUGUUGAAUAAUCCUGAUUGGAAGUAUAGACACGCUGCAUUGAUGGCAAUUUCCGCCGUUGGAGAGGGUUGUCAUAAGCAGAUGAAAGAAAUUUUAAAGGAAAUCAUGGAUGGAGUUGUGAAUUUCUUACAAGAUUCACAUCCACGUGUAAGAUAUGCAGCAUGUAAUGCAGUGGGACAAAUGUCAACUGAUUUUGCGCCAACUUUUGAAAGAAAUUUUCACGAAAAAGUUAUACCAGGAUUAUUAAUGGUGCUUGAUGAUAAUGCAAAUCCACGUGUACAAGCUCACGCUGGCGCUGCACUUGUUAAUUUUAGCGAAGAUUGUCCUAAACAUGUUUUACUUCCAUAUUUAGAUGGAAUAAUGGGCAAAUUAGAAUCGAUAUUGACUGCCAAAUUUCAAGAAUUGGUUGAAAGGGGAACAAAACUUGUUUUGGAGCAGGUUGUAACGACAAUUGCCUCGGUAGCUGAUACAUGUGAGGAGCAAUUUGUUAAAUAUUACGAUAGAUUGAUGCCAUGUUUGAAAUAUAUUAUUCAAAAUGCAAAUCAACAAGAGCAUAAAAUGCUUCGCGGAAAGACAAUCGAAUGUGUGAGUCUUAUUGGUUUGGCUGUUGGAUCUGAGAAGUUUAUUUCCGAUGCCAGUGAGGUGAUGGAUAUGCUUUUGAAAACCCAUUCCGAGGGUAAUUUAUCCGAUGAUGAUCCACAGACAAGUUAUUUAAUAUCAGCGUGGGCGAGAAUUUGUAAAAUUCUCGGUAAACAAUUUGAACAAUAUUUACCAUUGGUUAUGGGGCCAGUAUUACGUACAGCUGCAAUGAAACCUGAAGUUGCGUUGUUAGACAAUGAAGAUAUGGAAGGAGUUGAGGGCGAUCUUGAUUGGCAAUUCAUUUCUCUUGGAGAACAACAGAACUUUGGUAUUAAAACUGCUGGUUUAGAAGAUAAGGCAUCGGCAUGUGAAAUGCUUGUAUGUUAUGCACGUGAAUUGAAGGAAGGUUUUGUAAAUUAUGCCGAGGAAGUUGUGAGUCUAAUGGUGCCUAUGUUAAAAUUCUAUUUUCACGAUGGUGUAAGAACAGCAGCUGCUGAAAGUCUACCAUGUUUACUUGAUUGUGCAAAAAUAAAAGGUCCACAAUAUUUACAAGGAAUGUGGGCAUAUAUUUGUCCUGAAUUAUUAAAGGCUAUUGAAUCGGAGCCGGAAUCAGAAGUUUUAUUGGAAUUACUUUGUUCAUUGGCUAAAUGUAUUGAGACAUUGGGUGCUGGUUGUUUGGAUACACAACCAAUGGCGGAACUAUUGAGAAUAUUGGAUAAACUUCUUAAUGAACAUUUUGAAAGGGCUGUACAAAGAUUGGAAAAACGAAAAGAUGAAGAUUAUGAUGAGGUGGUUGAAGAACAAUUGGCUGAUGAGGAUAAUGAUGAUCUUUAUACAUUGACGAAAAUAUCGGAAAUUUUACAUGCACUAUUUGUAACACAUAAAUCAACAUUUUUCCCAUUUUUCGAUCAAAUUUGUGGACAUUUUGUUAAAUUAUUAGCACCUGAACGUUCAUGGUCGGAUCAUCAAUGGGCAUUAUGUGUAUUUGAUGAUGUCAUUGAAUUUGGUGGGCCUGAUUGUGUGAAAUAUCAGGAAUUUUUCUUGAGACCAAUGAUUCAAUAUAUAACGGAUGAAUCGGCUGAAGUUAGACAAGCAGCGGCUUAUGGUUGUGGAGUAUUGGGACAAUUUGGUGGUGAGGCAUUUGCGCAAGCUUGCGCUGAAGCAUUGCCAAGAUUGGUGGAAGUGAUUAAUAAACCGAAAUCGAGAGCACCGGAAAAUGUUAAUCCAACGGAAAAUGCAAUAUCGGCGAUAACGAAAAUUCUUAAAUAUAAUAAUUCGUCGAUUAAUGUGGAUGAGAUGCUGCCACAUUGGCUUUCAUGGUUGCCAGUUGUGGAGGAUGAAGAUGAGGCACCUCAUGUUUAUGGAUAUUUAUGUGACUUGAUAGAAGCAAAUCAUCCUGUAGUUUUAGGCAUUAACAAUGCAAAUUUACCAAGAUUAAUUAGCUUCUUUGCGGAAGCACUACACAAAGAUGUGGUACCAACUACGAGUCCGGUGAUGCCGAGGAUAAUCAGUAUCGUUAGGCAAAUUCAAAGCAACGAAACAAUGUUCCAAGCAUGUAUAAAUUCAUUGACGACAGACCAACAACAUGCACUUCACGAGGCACUCAGUGGACAAGCAACUAAUUAACUUUUUUUCUAAAUGACAUAAUUUUCAAAAAAAAAAAAAAAAAAAAACCCUGAGAUAAAGGAUCACAGAUAACUUCAUAGAGGUAGCUAGAAUGUACCUAAUUCGUUUAAUUUGUCUCAGCCUAAAAAAAAAACACACAACAGGUGCAUUCGUCUGUUUUUUGCUUACUCGCUGUUAUUGUUAAUAUUUUUCAACUAAAGAUUUCCUAUAAUAAAUCCCCCGAAGAAUGAAAUCAAGAAUGUUAUAAUGCUCGAAGAAAAAAAAAAUGUAAAUUGUGAAUUCGCAUACACUAAAUUAUACAUAGUUCCAGUUUCGUCAGUAUAAAUGUAAAAUAUAAAUGAAAUCGAGUCUGUGGCUCACACUAACGAAACUAGGAUCUUAUUUUUUUUCCACAUUUUUUAUUUUACUUUUUUUUUUUUUUUUUUUUUUUUCUUUUUAAUCUGGUAAAUUGUGUAGCUUGACGAAGGUACAUAGUUUGAAUUACUUUUCAAAAAGAAAAUUAACUAGCCUCAAUAUCAUCUAUUCAUUUUAUUAAUUUUUUUUUGUAUUCGACAUUUGUUGAUCAUGUGUCGUAUACUUCGACUUAAUAAUCGAUAUAGUGAUUAGCUUAAUGUGUCGUUAAUAAAUUAUGAAUUCCUGGAUGGAAUUUUAUUUUUUUUUUGAAUGUUUUUUCAAAUUAUAAACGUUUUUAUGUGAAGGGAAUUUUUUUUUUAUUUUCAAAAAUUGUCAAAUAAUUUAUGCAUGUAUAUUGUAUUCACAAGUGUCUAAUAUUUAAAUUUUCCACUUUUUUCGACUGUCUCUUUAGAAAAUCGUAUAAAUUAAAAAUUAAAAUAGAAAAAAAAUUCUUUUCACAUUUAUGAAUGUUUAGAAUUUGAGAAACAUAUUUCUUUGAUGUUAUUCUAAAAAGAAAAAAAAAUCAUCGAAGAAUUCGUUGCUAUAUAUAGGAACGCGAUGCGAUUCGGUUUCUAAAGAGAACACACACGUUUUUAGUAAUAUUAUAUUUACAUUUUGAUAUUUCCCUCCCGCCAAUUGAUGGCUAAACAAUUCUUAGAAAAAACGUGCGAGAUUUUAUAGAGAACCAUAUAUCUGUAAAUAUUUGAAAAAAAAAAUCAAUCCUCCCUCAUUGUUAUACAGGAUGCUUUUUGGCAUUGCGAUCCUUGUGUAUCAUUUUCAUUUUCACAAUAAAAUAUUGUCACUCCGAUUUAUGAUUAUAGUUGCCUUCACAAAUUGACAAAAAAAAAAAAAAAAUUAUGAAAGCAAAAUAGACUGGAAAAGCCACUAAACUCAUUGCCAUCCCUCUCAAAAGGCAUGAUAUUGUGAUUUAGGUAUUUUUAUUAUUAAAUUUAAGUAAUGAUAAAUGUUAUUUAAUAGUAAUAUCUAUAAUAUCGCAACGUUCAAGUUAGAUAGGACGGUGUAAGAGUGCCUCUCGAAUGAAAAUGUAAUUAACAGAUUUACUGAUUCGCAUCCAAAGCUCUUUUUAAAUAUCCAUUAAAAUAUUACCUAUCAGUAGUUCUUAUGUUUCAUUCAUUUCUGCGAUAAAUGUAAUAAGGUCUAAUUUUUUAAUGUUUUAAAAAAAAAAAAUUUCCCAACUAAAUUAUUAUAAAGCGCUUUUCAUCAAAAGACCUAAAUAAUCACAAUUGACUGAUAACGUCCAUAAUUCCAUAAAAAAAAAAAAUUUUAACAAAUAUUUAUUUUUCAUAAUUUAAAAAAAUAUCAGAAAAUUGACUGAUCAAGGAACAAAUGUAAUGCAACGAGAGAUUUUUGUAUAACGAAUUUUAAAAUUGCUCGUCUUCGACAAUUUUCUGAAAAAAAAAUAUUUUGAUCUUUUUUUUUUUUUUAAUUAUAUAAGAAAAUAAAAUUUUAGUUUAUUUGA